AGCAGCGGAGGCAGACAUGAGGCGGUGCUGAGAAGUAUCCAGAGAGAGAGCUGCGCAACUUAAAUGAAGCUCCCGUUCGGAACAGUCUUCAGUGCGAACAGUGCCGCCCAGGAAAAGACUCCUCUUCGCUUCAGCUCGACGCCACACCGGGUGAAUGAAGCGUUCCGUCCAUGCGGAGGCUAGCGCUGGUUCUUCUGCCCUGUGCUCUCGCCGUACUGGUGCACUUGUGGGUGGCUCAACAACGGUGCUCCACGCCGCUGGACGACGACACACACUCGGAUGGGGUGGUACCGUCCUAUGAAGUUCUGGUGGGAGUUCUAUCAGCCAGACAGCAUUACAAACUGCGACAAGCCAUAAGGGACACCUGGCUGGGCUACCUGCACCAACACCCUCACUUCAAGUACAGAGUGGGGGUGAAGUUUAUCGUGGGCAAAUAUGGGUGUCCCAUCCCAGAGGAGGACAGAGAAGAUCCUUACUCCUGCUCCCUUCUCAACAUCACCGAGCCAGAGGCAGGACAGGAUGCUGAGAGAGAAAUCGUGAUGGUGUCCGACCCCGCGGUGCUGGUCCCCUCGGAUGUGUCUGCUGUUGCCUUGGAUUUUAAGGUGCUCCACCCGGUGGUGAUCACCAGACUGGGGGUGUUUCCCCGAAGAACCCAGCCUAAACUUAGGGGCAAUGUGACUGUAAAGCUCCUGCAACUGGAUCAGGAGGAGGCUAUAGUAACGGCUCGCUUCAGCGCCAUCAGCACAGGGACCCUUCUCAGCGGAAUAUGGUACAAACCAGUGGAGCAGUUUAUCUUGCCCAAGGGUUUUGAGGGGACACUAGUAUGGGAGAGUUCAGAUUCAGAAGUACUGACCACAGUCAACUCGUCCUGUGUGCAGCUCAAUGAUGGAGGAGGUGUACUCAAGAUCUCCUCUAUUGCAGAAGGCAUACUGCCCCACAGAAGUGCUCUUGGAUUUCCUGGUUUGGCUGGAGGAUUCACCUUUACCAUUUACGACAGGAACAGUCUGUCUGAGCUCCUGCGGGGCCGUCCAGCCAGGAUGGAACGCCAUGCCUCGGGGUUGAGGCAGGAGGACUCUGCCUUAAAGGAAGAGAGCCUAAGGCACGGCGACAUGGUGUUUGUAGACGUGGUGGACACCUAUAGAAACGUGCCUUCCAAACUGCUUCAGUUCUACAAAUGGUCUGUGGGAAACAUUGAUUUCAGUCUGCUCCUGAAGACGGAUGAUGAUUGUUACAUCGACAUGGACUCAGUAUUAAUGAAGAUCGAGCACAAGGGUCUGAAGCGCAGCCAUUUUUGGUGGGGAAAUUUCAGACAGAGCUGGGCAGUGGAUCGCAUCGGGAAGUGGCAAGAGCUCGAGUACCCCAGUCCCGCCUACCCGGCCUUUGCGUGCGGAUCUGGCUAUGUGGCGUCACGUGACCUGGUGCAGUGGCUCGCCAGUAAUGCAGAUAGUCUAAAGGCCUACCAGGGAGAAGAUGUGAGCAUGGGCAUAUGGAUGGCAGCUAUCGGACCACAGAAGUAUCAGGACCCCAGCUGGCUCUGUGAAAAAGAAUGCUACCUGGACAUGCUGUCGUCCCCACAGCACACAGCAGAGGAGCUGCGUGUCCUGUGGCACAGGAAGAGGACGUGUGGUGACCCCUGUGGAUGUCCCUGGGGACAGUAAGAACAUUUCCACACUGCUGUCAAUCACCCUCAUCCAUCCAUGUAUGGGACUCUGCAGGAGGAGGAGGAAAUCAUUUAUUCAUAACACCCGGCAACCAAAAGCAGCCUUUCUGACUGUUUAUGACUCACAGGAAUGAGGAGGUAAUAUUAGACACACAAUCACAACGUUCAUUCCCACUUAGAAGAUAAGCAUCUCCUCUCCAUGCUGCCUACAAAUGUCUGCACAUCACAGUAGCAUUAUGUGUGACGUAGCGCAUCAGUUCACAUGAAAUAUUCCAAAACAGACUUCAGUCCUUUUCAAUGCAAUGCUUCUCUCAAGUGAAUCACGUUGUUUCGUAAGCCCCCUCGACUCCUACUGCUGUCAUAUGGCAGAGCUUCUGCGACACAGUAUGUGUGUGUGAUAAUUGCUUCAGUGAGUGACACAAAUGAGUAUACGUCUGCAAUCAUUCCCAACUCCACCACUUUUCCUGUAUGAUCACUGAAGGCUGAAAACAGUGAAUACUUAAUUAUUCCUUCUUAUCCCAAAUGGGAUGCGAUGAGGCAGACGGGAGGCUUUGCAAACAAGUGAGUGCUGGUAAAAAUAUGCGCCAGCACAUGUUGCUCUGGGUGCAAUGACAUGAAUAUUAAGUAGACUUUUUAGUGUCUAUACAUCAAGUGCGCUGGAGUGUUGUUACCUUGUGUCAUUAUAGCACGUUAUCAAAACCAACAGCUGUCUUCUGAGUGACUUAUCCCCAGUCAUGCAUUCGAAACACAUUUACGUCAUUAGGAUCAAUGAUACGUGAUCGCUAAAUUUUGUAGAAUGCGUCGUAGUCACACGUGAAAUACUGGCGGUAACAUGCAUCUGAUUCACACUGUGGUUUUGCCAAAAGUGAAAAAAGCGAGCCUCACGGAUUACACUUUUAUAACACAUCUUGUGUAUUAAAAAGCUCAUAACUUUUCAUCUGAAAGAGCUGUGGGUGAUAAAAAUUAUAAUAAUGACUGACUCACUCCACAACACCCCUGGAUGGAUGGAUGACUAUAGCGGUUCCACUGUAGUUGACAUUAUAGACCAGUUGAAUGUAUUCGGCACGUUGCCCUGUCAUUUGUGCUACAAAAAAAUAAAUAAAGGGGGGGGGGGGUAUCCUUCCUGUUGUUGUCAUAUUGGAAUAUUUAUGAAAUCUCCAGACCCUGUCCUUAAAGCACAAACUGAUGAUACAUAAACCAACUCUUGCGAGGAGUGGGUGGGGCUCGUGGGGUUUAUCGGUCCCCACACAAACACCAGGAUGCUUGUCUUUCAGUCUCUGGAGUGGAGAGAAUCAAUCUCUGCAUCCAUAUGAGAAUAAAUGUGAUUCGUGUGAGGUUUUAAUGAGCGAUCGUGAUGGACUUCUGCCGCUGCAUGUUACACGUUUGCAUUUCGUCACACUUGCAAAGAAUAAAACAAAUGCCAUCUCUUUCACCUGUUUUUUUUUAUUUUUAUUAAUGGACAGUCUUGAGAAUUACUAUGGGCGUACUCGGACAGCUCAUCACUGAAGACAAUGUCAUUUGUCAAUGUCAAGACAUGAAAUGGACAAAGGCAUGGGUUGGAUGAGUUCAGACAAAAGUUGCUCUAUAAACACAGGUUUCAGACUCAAGGCCGGGGGCCAGAUCUGGCCCGUCACAUCAUUUUAUGUGGCCCCCGAAAGCAAAUCAUGUGGGUCAACUUCCAUGAUUCUUGCUAAAUUCUGUACCACAAUUUUAAAUUUUCCUAUUUAAUAAAUAAUGUUGAGAUAUUACAUUUUUUCUGCGAUUGGCUGGCGACCGGUUCAGGGUGUACCCCGCCUCCCGCCCGAAGAUAGCUGGGAUAGGCUCCAGCAGCCCGCGAGCCUAGUGGGGAUAAGCGGCUCAGAAAAUGGAUGAAUGGAUAUUGCAUUUUUUUGUUACCAAACAGCUUUUAUAGUAACUUGGACAGCAGUUGAACAAAUAUUAUCCUUGACCUCUCAUUUCAAAACGAGCUACCCAUCAAUUUGUUGUGUACAUGUAAUAAUAUGAUGAAGUGAUAAAAAUGUGUUUUUUUGCAUUCAUAACAGCCCGCUGAGGGAAACCGUAACUACAAUGUGGCCCAUGACAAAAAUGAGUUUGACACCCAUGCGUGAUAAGAAGUCAUGUUCAUAGCAGCCAGCCUGGGCAAGAGAAUACACUCAAGGUUAUCUGAUUUGACUAUUUCACUGUUGGAUGUAAAAAUGAAACAAGACUUUUAAUGCACAAUAUUAAGUGUAAAAGAUGGACAAACAUAAUUGUGAGCAUGAUGAAAAAAAAUGUGGAUACCAGCGGUGAGGGAUGCCGUCAAGCUGAAGUAGUAGUCCUAUCGGGCCUUUUUGGCCUGUAGGACUCCUGAGGCAGCUGAUGGGCACCGACCGGCUGGCCAAGCGGAAUGCAGCUUUGGUGGUUGCUGAGGCAAAAACUCAGACAUGGGAGGAGGUCAGUGAGGCCAUGGAGAACGACUUCCGGAUGGCUUCGAGGAAAUUCUGGUCCUCCAUCACGUAUAGUGGGGGAGGAGACCCCGGGGACGACCCAGGACACGGAGAGACUACGUUGCUCGGCUGUCCUGGGAACACCUCGGGAUCCCCCCUGAAGAGCAGAAGUCUGAGCUUCCCUGCUAAAGCUACUGCCCCCGCAACCCGACCACGGACAAGCGGAAAAAAAUGGAUGGAAGAUGGAUGGACGUUACUUACUACACCCCUGUUCCUCUUGUCCGUUGUCCCCCAAAGCCCUUUUUUCUGGCUGUAUAUUCAAUAAACAUCAGAAUGAUAAAAAAAAAAAGAAAAA